AGUCUAUGUUAUACUUUGAUAGAUUAUCAGACAGAAAAUAAACACAUAAUCUCUUUUGAAAGGUGUGUAGUUAGUUACAUUUGGGAAUAGUGAGAGAAGAAGCUCUUUUGAUGUGGUCUCUCUCUGUUGGAUGUCAGCCUGUCAGCAUGAAAACACAAAUGAAAAUCAUUUGGCAUAAACUUAGAAACCUGAUGGAUAAGAAUGCUGUAAAUGAAUCAAGUGGAAACAAAUUUUAUGAGACAGCAUUUUAUCAAAACUUAAAUUUUACUAAAAGACAGCAAAUCUUAGAACUUAAAAACUUAAAGACACUGAAUAAAAAGCAAAACAUGGGAGAAACAUCCAUUAUCUGUGUGUUUUGAAUAUUAGAAAAUUAACUCUUACAUCUCUUCUUGCAGGUCAUUUUUAUGUUAUGGCUUUUUCUCAACUGGUGGCAUUCAUUUCUGUUUUAUCUUAUUUUUGAAAGGUCUAAUAUUAAUAAAACUACACUGUACUAAGCACCAUAAAACAUCAAAAAAUAUUUCCUCGAGCACUUGGGAGUCCUUGUUUUUUAUUGAUUUUUUUAAAGUGUCAUUUCUUAAAGAAACAUGACCUUUUGAUGAGAAAAUGUCAAGGGAACAGGAAACAAUAGCACUCGACGAGCCUCCCAACUUUCUUAUCACGUGGCAAUGGAUUUCCAAGCAACACAUAAAAUGCAAGUCAUGCACUGCAAUGCUGAUAAGAAAUCAGUCAGGAGGGCAAGGUCUAUUAUUUAGAUUUAUUACACACACAAAAAGAUUACUUUAUAGUCUCUCCUUCACUUCUAAUCAAUCAAUAAUCAACUAAAAAAUCAAUAAUAUAAAAAUAGUAUCAGGAUUAUCUUUGUAUCCACAGCAGUUACAUAACAUCAGUUUAGAAAAUCUUUGAAAACUCUGCAUUUUAUUACUUUACUUCUCAGGCUGACACUCAGUGCUCAGAUGAAGGCUUGUUUUUUUUUGGUGUAUUUAUUUGUUUGUGCUUUUUGAGUGCUGUCAUCUUAACUUACUGUGUUUCAGAGCUGCAAAUACAGCACACUUAGAGCACCUGUAUUGCAUCCUUGGGAACAUUAACUUGAUGCAACAGUGCCCUCCUGUGGAGACAGUUGGAAUAACCAUGCUCAGGUUCACAUUUUUUUCAACUCUGUCUUUUUUAAACAAUACUUACAUUCCAAUAAUAAAUUCUUUCUUUGUGUUUCUAUCGAUCUGAUGGUAUCACUAAGAGAGAAUUUCAUUCUGAUAUUUUAAAAGCUUAUCAGAAUUUUUUAAAAUGAAAAAUAAUGAGAAAGAGGAAAAUAAUUGUCAACUGUAACUAUCACAUAAAUGUAAUGGAGUAAGGAGGGCAAGAAGUACAGUACAAGAUCUGCCUUUGAAAUGUGUGGAAAUAGUAAAGAACAAUUACCUUAAAUUUGUACUUAAGAACAGUACUCAAGUGAAUUUACUUAUUUACCAUUUACCUUUUCAUCAUUGCUGACCUUACUCAACUUGUCUGUGUAGAUAUGAUAUUUACAGGACACUUGGUGAAAGUUCAGACAACCAGGACACUGAUGAAAACAUGCGCUGACAACACAUAAAUAGUCUCAUUAGAUCUAAAAUGUCUUAUUCAUAGAAUUUAAAGCAAUAAUUAACACGCUCCACAUACAUGUUAAAGAGGACAGAAGCUGGAAAUUCAAGUUCAAGAAUUUCACACUGUCAUAACACAGUUCAUUCCCAUUAACAUCCCUUUUCCAAGGCUCCUCAUUAAUGAUCACUGUGUGAUUUAUUUGCUGGGAUGCAUAUUGUAUAUGGAACAUUUGACAGUAUGUAGCGUGCUUGUCUUCUUGGCAGCUCAGAGUGAGGCCCGUGAUAGGUUACUGUCAAUCUGCGCUGCCUCAAAUUUGCUGCAACAGCAAGUUUACUGCCGACAUGUCUAUAUACGGACUGAGCCUAGAGGCUAUAGGCUAAUCACUGUGAAUGAAUGAGACAACAGCCAGGCUUAGCAUUCUGGAAACUCGCAUUCAGCAAAAAAAAAAAAAAAAAAAAAAAGGGAAGGAAAAAAUCUGUUCACUGGACAUCGUUCAGCUACAGUAUAGGUUCCUGCUGUAGGCGAGAAGUUUGCAGUUUAGUAAUUCAGAGCCACAGUUUGGACCAGGAGGAUAUACUGUACAGUGAAGUGAGCAUUACAUUAUACUCUACUGGUUUAUCCUGUAUUGUGUUGCAUUACAUUUUAUUUUGGACUGUAUUACUUUCUAAUCAUCUAUGUAACAUCUAUAUCAAAAACUGUCUAAAACCAUGGAUCUGGAAUGUAUUUAUUCUGUUUUUAUGCCACCAAUGAGAAACAUUAUUAUUAUUAUUACAUGCACACUACACAUGGGCACAAGACUACUGAACACACUGGACUGUCUUUGUACUCCCACCCUUUAGGACUGAUCUAUUUUUGAAUAUGUUUCCAUUGUGUAACUCCUGCAUUGUUAAUUGUUUUGAGAUGUUUAUCGUGGUUGGAUGGUGAACAGCACCUGUCAUCUGUCAGUUUUUUGUUGGUAUAUCUGUGGUUGUGGUGAUUUUUAAACAAGACAGAAUUUGUGAUUUGGAGUUAGUGUACAGGCCAGUGAAGAGGGCUGAUAAUAGAUCAUUUGUGGAAGCUUUCAGAAACAUUAUGUUUCCAGAUCACUCUGGCUAGGUUAAUCCUAUUGUUGAAUACAGUGGCAAUUUCAUUAUCAACUACCCAAAAUUCUUAAAGGAUAACUUAAUUUUUUUUAAAAACCUGGGCCUUAUUUCCCCCUGGUUUAGGUGUAAAUGUUUGAUAAGGACAAAAAACUUAGUGUACCUGGCGACCGUGACCAGCUGUGGUGCUGAAAUCCAACUGGGAAUGGUCCACGUCAAAGUACAUCCACUAAAGUACUUAUUUUUGCCACUGACAGGCUCAGGUUGUUAUUAUAAGUGUCAGACCUACAUUUCCAACAUUUUGGAUGGGAUUCCUACAGAUAUAGACAUUUUUAUUUUGUUGAGUUUUUUUGUUUAAGCAGAAAUAUCUCUUUAUCUCUACCAGACAAAAACAAUUAUUUUACCUUGCAGAACACAGGAGUUGCUGGAAUCUAGCUGCCUUGAAUGGUUGGUUUGUUUGUGUUAUUGUGUGACUUUCAAUAGUGGAACAAGUAUUCAGAUCUUUUACAUAAGUCAAAAAAUACCACACAAUAACACAAACAAACUGAUUAAGGCAGCAGGAUACCAGCAACUCCUGUGUCCUGCUCAGUAAAAUUACUGUUUUGUCCAAGGGGUUUGGCAGCUAAAUAAAGCAAUGUUUCUGGUAAAACAGGUUCAAAAAUACUAGUUAUCCUUUAAGUUGAAGUUGACUGCGACUAUGAAAUCAUAUCCAAUUUUAGUGCCAAGCCUCCAUUGUUCAAAGGGUUGGCGUUGCUUGUGCAAAGGUUUGAUACUGAAAAUUAAGGAAAUUUAACACUGUUCUUUCAGAGUUAGUUUUUUCCCUCUUUUUUCAAGCUAUACCCACACCAGGGUCAGACAGGAAUGUUUGAACAAAUUAUUAUCGUCUUAUGAAAUGUUCCCCUAUCAGGGUGUAAUGACAUGAUGAAAAAGUUACACAGACCGAUUUUCAUGACCGUUCCCUGUCCACACGUGUCCACGUCUCCGGGUUUUACCUCAGUCUUCUGGUUCAUCCUCUCAGCCUGCACACCGUUCAGGCCACAGAGACAGGCUGCAACAAUCCCCGGAAAAAUGACCACAGUAAGAUCGGAAGAGCGAGGACAGAUACGAAAAAUAAAAGUUUAGCUGUGCAGAUUGGGAAUGCUUGUGUAUGAAAUAAUACCAGUGCAUUUAAAGCUGAGACAUUUGGGGAUAUCCUGUAUGUUGUUAUUUUUAUGUUUUAUCAUCCACAAUCAAUUUUUGCACACAUCUCUUUCAUUACUGUUUGUACCUCUACCUGACCCGGGUUCUUAUUUUGAAAAGUUUGCGCGGCGUUUCCUUUUCGUUCUGGCUGGUUUGACGCUGUACGGAGGCAACCCAUGAUCGCAGACUCAACACGCAUCCUCACACCACUGACCUGAGCUUAGCUGUGUCCUGCAUGUGUGUGCAUGUGUGUGCGUGUGUGAGCGGGAGUGUGAGUGAUCCCCUGAAACCAGCAGCAGGAUGGAGGAUCUCAAGGAGAAUCUGGGAACUUUGGAUUGACGCCCGGGGAUAACGCGCGGUCGGCCUGAACCUCAUCGGGUUUCUCGUGGAUUUAUAUAUUUGGAUGUUGUCUGUUUUCCCCUUUUCCCUUUUUCUUCUAGGCAGUGGGAAUUUACACUUGGCUUACAACUCAUAUUAUUUCUGGCGUGCAAAAUGCCAUUCGCCAAAAGGAUUGUGGAGCCGCAGCUUCUGUGCAGGCACCAGAUCCCCAACGAUGAAGGUCUGCUUUUCGAGGACCUGUGUGCCAUCAGUAACGUGGUUCUGUCCCGGACCUUGCGACAGCUGUCCGACCUGGCCCGGCACGCCUGCUCCUUAUUUCAGGAGCUGGAAAACGACAUCAUUAGUACCAACCAGCGGGUCUGGGUCCUCCAGAACAAAAUAGGCCAGAUACAGCAGACUGCCAGUGCCCUAGACCCUAAAAAGGAGGCAGUGCCUGUGUCAAACCUGGACAUAGAGAGCAAGCUGUCAGUUCACUACCAGGCUCCAUGGCACCAGCAACACAACGUGUUUCAUCCUUGCACCCGACCACCAUGUCUGGAGGAGCUACACAGAAACGCUCAACUCAGUCUCAGAGCCCUGCACCGAGACGAACAACAGCGCCAGCGGUCCACAAGUCGGGAGAGGAACAGGGUGACAAUUUCUAUCUCAGUGGCGCCCCCCAUGCCCACCUUCCCCUCACCACACACCAUCCGUCGGCAACAAAGGAGUCGCCUGGCACGAGCGCAAGAGAGAGCAGAGAGGGAGCGAGAGUUAGACUAUCAACCCAGGAAGGAGAGGACCAUAAGAGAGACAGAGAUCCAGACCAUACAGAGAAAAGAGAAGCCGGGGAGAGAAGCAGAUAUUCAGACGAUCCAAAGAAAGGCUACCUCGACAGGGGAAGGUGAAGGUGGUGAGGUCUUGGGAGGCCACAGAGCCAAGGCCUCAGCCCCCAAUACUUCCUCAACCCAGGAUAAACAGACAAACUGGUCCAAGGAAAACGUCCCUCCAUCAGAUCAGAAGACAACUGCUGAUUCUCACGCCAUUUCCUCCUGCAUAAUCCCCAUCAACGUCACAGGAGUUGGAUUUGACAGGGAAGCAAGUGCCCGUUGCUCUCUAGUCCAUUCCCAGUCAGUUCUUCAGAGGAGACGGAAGCUGAGGAGGAGGAAGACUAUCACAGGAAUACCCAAAAGAGUACAUCAGGACAUGGACUCAGAUGAAUCACCCGUAGCAAGAGAGCGCACAGUGAUCGUCCAUGCCAACCCGCACCAACUCUCUCUCUGUCAGGAAGAUCUCUCAAUCAGUGGUCGCCUCCAUCACACUCGUGACUCUGGCUGCCAGACAGAUGAUUUCCUUAUAGCAUGUACAGCUGCACCCUCAAGAAGACGUAUCAGAGCUCAACGUGGCCACCAGGGAAUUCCUGCCUCUCUGUCCCACUCAACAGGCAACAUUUCUUCCCUGGGUGACCAGUCAGACUCUACAUACACUAGUGCUACAGCCCACGGUGGACGUUUGCGCUCUCGUAGCCUCCCGCGAGAGGGUGGCCGUCUGAUGGACAGUGAUGAGGAUGAUGAUGACAAUUAUGAUGAUGAUGAUGAAGACGAGGAGUUGUCACCAUAUGAAGCAGAGGACUUUAUCCCACCUGGCCCUAGUCCAAGAAUGAAGAUGAUGAUGAUGAAGGAUGAGGAAGAGAGCACAGAUGACCAGGCAGCUCCAGAGCCACUGCAACUUGGAAGCCUAAAAAGGUUGCAGCGAUCAGGGGAAAGAGACAGAGGGGGUGGAGGAGGAGGGAGCCCAGAGCAUAGCUGGAUGGAGAGGGGCCGUUCUCGCUUGCCACGCAAAGCUGACAUGGGCAGCUGUGAGAUCUCAUCCAGUUCAGAUACCUUCAGCAGUCCUAUUCACUCGGUGUCUACAACAGGAGUCCUUGGCAGCCAUGUGGACCACAAAGAGGACCACCAGUCUUCAAGUGGGAACUGGAGUGGUUCCAGCUCCACCUGCCCCUCUCAGACAUCUGAAACCAUCCCCCCGCCCUCUUCGCCACCACUGACAGGCUCAUCCCACUGCGACUCAGAACUGUCUCUCAACACUGUGCCCAAUGCCAUUGAUGAGGGAUUUUCCCUGGAUCCCUCAUACCACUCUGACCUCAGACCCCAGGGCCAGGGCCACAGGUCAAGCUCGUUCACAUCCUCGGCCACAGACCAACUGGAUGAUGCAGGCGUCAGUACGGCCAGUGAGGGGGAGUGGACAUACCCUCCUGAUCAAGAUCAGACUGAUCCGGACCAGGACCCUGACCAGACCCAAAACCUGAGCCAGAGCCAUGGGUUGGUCCAGGAGUACAGCUCAAAACAAGGUCUAGAAGACCAAACCUGUUUUCAUGACAAGACCAGCAACACUGAAAAAGAACCUGGCUCUCAUUACCCAUGUGAAACAGAGGGUUUCUACUCCUCUUCUGUGAAUUUUGGGGAGUGUAAUCAGAGUUACAGAGGAUACAUGUAUAACUAUGCAGACCCAGGACCUGACUGUAAUCAAUCCAACACUGUGGCAGCACCACUAUCCCACGGAGGUUACACCCAGCCCUCAGCAGACUUCAGAGCAAGUACUAUGACCCUGGGGAGAACCUGUCGCCCACUGAGGAAGCCGAAAGUCAAACCUCCACCACCCAAACGGACUUCCUCACUGAAGGAGACCAGUAGUAGUGUUGAUGUUGGAACGGACACCCAGGCAGAUCAGGAUCAACCAAAGACGGUUAGUGAACAAGAGCUCACCUUGUCUUCCACAGAUAUGAAGCUGGAACUGGAGCUAGAGCUUGGAGGUGCUCCAGAACCAUUACAAACAUCUUGUCUCGUGGCAGAGCCUUUGGGAACUUGGGGAAUGGGACUGGGUGAAACUGUGGACAUAGUAGAGCCCAUGUCCUUCAGCUCUGCAGACACACACUCUUUUAAAGAUGAAGGUGCUGUACAAUCUGACUAUGCAGACCUGUGGCUUCACAACACUGAGCUGAAGUCCAACAAUGGUGAGUACACGUCUAUGUCCAACUCAAGCACAGCCACAGGCACCACUGUCAUGGAGUGUAUCAAGUCACCAGACAGCUCUUCCUCCUCCACAGAAACACAAACCCAGGCCAAUCCCCAGGCUUCAGAGACCAGGGCAACUAGUCCACCUUUACCACCUGGGGACUUCAAACUUGGGUCACCUGAGAAGCUGGCUGGCCUGGCCUCACCAUCAAGUGGCUAUUCCAGCCAAUCAGAGACUCCAACAUCAACGUUGCCCUCAUCUUCAGCAGCGUUCUUCCCAGGACCUCUGUCUCCCUCAACUGGCAAGAGGAAGCCUAAAGUGCCCGAGAGGAAGUCUUCUCUCUCUUCCCUGCAGCACUUCCCCAGAGAUGGAGUUUCCAUUUCCUCUGGCUAUAAGAGAGACCCAGACUUCCCACCUCCGCCUUCUCAACUUGAUCUCAAUGUUCUUCAUGGUGGCUAUGUCAGACAUACACUAUCCCACCGGACGCACCACAUGCACACGCUCCACCAUAGCAAGCACAGAGUUGCAAAUGUGCUAGCCACUGGAACAAAGUUGUUGGCCCCUGAUGCAUCAAAUUCCAACCCGCCACCAAGUUCAAACUCUGCUUCGGCAAUUACUAACUCCAAUCUGUUGGCGAUAACUCAAUCUGCUCUUCGUUCAGUGCAGCUCCAUUCUGUUAGUCAAUCUACGGACAGUGCUACAACUACAGACCAAGAAACAGCAAUUGGACUAGAGACUGCUACAAGACCUAAAUGUCCUCCUAGUAGUUCUACUCUGGCUCCACCACCUAUUAACACCAGGCCUCUCCCUCCUCGUAGACCACCUCCCAGACCCCCAGUCCAUGACCACACUUCCUCCCCUGAACAUUCACAACCGCCUCCCCCAGGCCGCCACCCUGAUGGGCCUCCAUCCUACGAGAGCCUGCUGCUCAGACAGGACCGCUAUGGACCUGGAACCUUCUGGGCUAUGACAGCCUUCAGAACCCGGAUGGACCCAUCAUCAGAUCUCUCCGAGGACAGCUCACCUUUGCAUCGGCCCGUGCCACGUGCUCCCCACCCUUCGCCUGUGGAUCUACACACACAUAUCCACUCACACACAGAGUUCAGAGGGCUUACGCACUCAACUCAUGCACACUCUGAAUUUAGGGUUUUGGGGGAGCGUUCGUUUUCCCAGGAUGAUGAUGAUGAUGAAGACGAGGAGGAGGAGGAGGAGGAGCAGGUGAAAGAGCCACCGAGGGCUGCAUGUACAAGAGGAGGAAUGCGAUCGGACCACCCUCCACCUCCAGCGUAUGAAUUUGCCGGGGGAUCCCACUCAGACUCAGGGCCCUGGGCUAGUCCAGUCAAAGUGCCUGGUACCACAUUGGAGACAUCGCAUCCUUACCUAAUCAGCGAUGCAAGGAGAGGAGGACAAGUAGAGCAGGAAGAGGAGGAGGAAGCAACAUCAGGUGCUACCAGAAGUGCCCAUCAGCAGCAGCCACAGGAAAGCAAAGAUGACUCCACCACUCCUGACACAGAGGAUUACUUCAGUAAAGAUUCCACACCCAGUGAUAACUCACUCUCCCCUUUGACGGAUGACACCAAAGUGGAUGAUGACAUUAUUAUCACAUCACCCAACAAGACCCGAACAACUGAGGACCUGUUUGCCAUGAUACACAGAUCCAAAAGAAAGGUCCUGGGCCGUAAAGAUUCAGGAGACUUAAACGUGAAGUCUCGUCUCUGCCCUACAGUGCCAGUGACCCCUGGAAAUAUCUCCACUGUCACUAUCCCGCCUGCCCCUCCUCUUAACAUCCCAGCCACUUUAGCCACUGCUACUGGGUCACAAAGAGCCCCUGUGCCAAUCUACCGCAGCGCCAAGAAAUCAACCACAUCCAAUGAGGAGUUUAAACUCCUGUUGCUGAAGAAAGGUAGCAGGUCUGAUUCCAGCUAUCGUAUGUCAGCCACAGAGAUUCUGAAGAGCCCCAUCACUCCUAAAAUACCAGGGGAGUCCCUUCAGGAGGGGCCCAUUAGGCAGGCUGAGGAGCAACCCUCCACACUCCAGGAGCCCCCCAUUUCUGGCCUAGACCCAAUUCAGAUACCAGGCCUUUUUCCCAGGGCCAACUCUGAGAGUUUCACCCCCAAAACCCUGCCUAUGUCAGCUGCAUCUCGACAGGGACGUUCUCGGAUCCCCCCUGUAGCCAACAGCAGUCGCUACAGUACACGCAGUCGCCUCUACACAGCCCCCAUGCAAGCCAUUUCAGAGGGGGAGACAGAGAAUUCAGAUGGGAGCCCCCAUGAUGACAGAUCAUCCUAAAACCAUCCGAUGAGAGAUGUCCUUUAUUCUUAGCUGUGUCCUACAUUUGAAAUGGCUCCUUCUACUUUUCUAAUCUUGGGUAGGUGUGUCAUAAAGGCCAAUAGUGUAAUUCUUGUGACACACAAAAUCUGAAAAAAGACAAAAAAAAAAAAGAAAGAAAAAACAAUUUUGGAUUCAUUCUAUUUAAGGGUGUCAGAGAGUGUUGUGAGAUACUGAAUUAUAAAGGGAUGAUUAUGAAAACUUUGAGGAUAUAUCUAAAUACUGUAUUAUCAAAAGAAUAGCUCCCUCAUAGUUAAAAGAGCAAGACUUAAAACCUAUUUUGAUUGAACUGUCUUUUUUUAAAAAUAAAAUUAACAAAAAAAACUGACCCAAACAUUUGGUUAUGAUGAAAAAAGAAAUUUUGUGGAAUAUGGACAAUGUGCGUGUGCAUGAGAAAACACAUGCAAUAUCCACUGAUAUUUCUACUUCUUGUGUUUUGAAUGGUGUGGGUGCGUGUGCGUCACUGAGGAACUGCUUUCUUAUUAAAAUUUAAAAUUCUUAUGAAAUUUAAUAUUCUUUGAACUUUUGGUGCCCAAAGCAUCAACCUGAAUUCCCAGAGUCCAUUCUCAAUAUUCCUGUCAACAAGCAAGGGUUGUUUCAUUGUGGAAGUUACUAACAAUAUCUCAACACAGCACCAACUUAUCUAUAUAUUUCCAUCUGCAGACCUGGCAUAAAGAGUAUAUCACACAGAGUCAAUCAUAUAUUUCUUCACAUAAAUUAUAUCCAAAAAGAUAACAUGAUGCAUGUAUUUUUGUAAAAUUACGCCUCAGAACAUGAUGAUAAAGUUUCACCAUGUUGCAUGACCCUAUAUGGAAACAUCCCCUGGAUUCUGGUUUCUGUCAACAUUUUUGUGGUUCCUUUGUAUUAUAAGAAUAACUAAUCACUUUCACUUUCACUGUGAAAGGUUUUAGUGACAUUUGUACCACAUUUCCAGUGAUCUAAAUUGAUUUGUCUUGGAUUUGAGUGUCUAACAAGAAGGAGCAAGGGCUUACACUUAGAUGGGGCCCAUUUCUCAAAGAUACCGGCUAAUUUUGGACAAUCGCACAGUGGCCUUUCUCUACUAGAGGUGGUUGUAAGCAGGGCAUUUGUAAGUCUCUGCAAAUACACAUGGACCUGUGCCAUGUUCCACCAGAAUUCAAUCACAUGCUUAUUUAAACCAACCUUGAAUUCUAGUAUGUUUAGACUGAUUAAAGCUUUUCUAGCUGCUGGCCAGUCUUUCUGUGCUGACUUGAAGUGGAAAAGGUGCAUUUCAAAGCAGUUUUAAUGUUACUAUUGAGUGAAGACGGUGAAAAUGCUUUAGAAGGUCCUCAAUCGGUUUGACUAGAGGUUAAUUUGGAAAGGUUUCCAAGAACUGACCUCGCUUUUGCACUUCAUGAUUAUUCAAGAAUAUUCCUUGAAAAGAAAAUAUAUCUUAUAAUGAAAUUGCAUAUGUAUAUUUGUACUGAAUAUAAAAAGUCAUAUCUAUAUAGAACAACAAGCAGAAAUUUUAUAGGGAUUCAAGCUGAGUGUAGCAAAGAAGAACAGGUUUCACUGACAUUACACAUGAAUCUUAACAAUGUACACUGUUCUCCUCUCCUUGUUGCCUCUCCUUCAUUUGCACUGACCCAGUAGCAUUAGACAGGUGAAAGCUCAACCCAGUGGCUGGUGUAUGCCAUUUUGUCUUACCCUCAUCUAACUUUAUCACAAAAUCUGAGAGAGAGGAGACAAGAGGAGGAAAGGACUACUUACCACCAACAUCUAAAAUUCAGCAGUGCAUCUGUUGCAUCGCUGCAGCCUUUACUAUCCAAUACCGGGGUUAGAGUGUGCUGUAAAAUCUCUCAUCCUUCCAAUAAAUACUACACAUGUAUAGUAUCCAGUGUGCUGACAGAAGCAAACUAUCAUCAGUGGACAGUUUGAACUCUCACCUGCCUACCACAGCAAACACAACACAUAUACUUCUUACAUUCAGAGACCGUACUUCAAUAGAAACCAUUCACUGUAUUCUGUGAAUACCUCAGCAAGCAUAUUACUGUUUUAUUGUAAAUGCUAUAGAUAGAUAGAUAGAUAGAUAGAUAGAUAACAAAAACACAACUGUUUGAUACUCAGCGAAUCUGAAUUGCAGAACUGACACUGUGUAAGAUGGAGAGAGUACAAAGCUGUGAACUGAUUAUAAGAAUUUCACAUUCGUCAUACCCAUAUUGCUGAAGCGCACUCGUUCCUACUCAUUGUUUUAUUUGUUGUGUUUUUCUAUCGCAUGCAAUAAGUAAAGAAAAAAAGAAGAAAAGGAUACCACCAUAUCAUUAUUUUUUAUCUGAGGGAUGUCUCCAUACCACAAGAAAAGAUUUUGUAUUUUCCAUUCAAAUGUCAAGUUCAAUAGUGUGUUCUAUAGAUGUACAAACUGUCUGGCUAAUUCUGUUCUGUAUAGUCGUGAUCACAAACAGGGGUUUAUCUUGUACUGUAUAUCUACUCACUGGACAAUCAUACGUAUAAGAGACUGUAAAGAAAAUGAUAUUGAAUCUGUCGGGGAGGGAGAAUCUGAACACUUUUGGUGCUGGGUCCUAGUCUUGCUGGAGCUGUGGGAGUUUUGGAGUGAGAGAAAUAUUUUCAAGGAGAAACUGCUGAUUCAGUUUUAAGUGCAUAUCUGGACAAGCUGCUUUGGAUACAAUGUACAAAAAACAAACAAACACAGAAAUGGAAAAAAUAUCCAUUCAUAGAUGCAAAAUCUAGUUUGAUCUGAUCAGAAAGUCAUUGUCUUUAUUUUUGACCCAUAACAGAAUUUUUUGACUCCCACAAAACAUUAUUACUGAAUAAUGAAAAAUAAACAGAUCUGUAGACUUGAUACAGUAUUAUAUGAAAAAUGCAAUGUGACUCUGUGAAAUACCAUUUAAAAGUUUAAAUACAUAAAUACACAAAGUAUUUGUUUAGUGUGUUUUUUCCGUACUGUACCUGUAUUGGCAGUGAUGCUACAGAGGUACUUUAAAACUGUUUCCUUUAGUUGUAAAUGUAGUGAACAGAUGACUGAUUGACACACUUUGAUUAGAAAGCCAAACUAUGGUUGCCAUGCAGACUCUAGUUUAACACUCAUUUAGCCUUCUCAAAGCUGUCUUCAGCAGCUCGGGAGUACAACAAAACAAGAAUCUAUCACCUUUCUAGUUAGAUAUAGAUUCUUUUUCUCAACCCAUUUUCCAAUGUCUGCACACAAUUUUCCCCUAAAGGGAAGUGUGACAACAACCACUUUUUUUUCAAAGGUGUACAGUAUGGAAUAACACUAAACAGACUUUUAAAAUAUGUGACGGAGAACAGAAAAAAUACAGACGUUGACGACAAAGUGUAACUAUUUAAAAAAAAAAAGCUCCAUGUUUAAAAGUAGCUAGGACUUAACAGAUUUGAAUCACUUUUGUAUUUUUGUAUAAACUUGUAAAUAGGUUUUUAAAGAAAAAAAUCUUGCAAAUUCUUUCUUUUGUAAAAUAAAUCAAUAAAAGAUUAAAAACAAAAAAGUUUUUUUUUUUUUUCAAAGUUUACAUGAUUAUUUACAAGCCUUUGUAUAUUUUGGAGCUGUGCAACACCUUCAGUCUUGUAUUUAUUUUGGGGGGGCGGGUAACAACAUUGUGAAAAUUUCAUUAUUCUAUAUCUAAUUCAUUUUAACAGCUCAUUAGGCUGCUUAGUAACUGUGCAUAGAAAAAAAAGCCAAUAAAUGUGAUUGCAUUGAACAGAA